AUGUCAUUUGUCCAUGUCAUCAUUCUUGUAGUCAUUAUUAUCUUUAGGCUACUAUGGACAAAGACACAGAGCUCAAAAAUCCCUUCUUCUCAUCAAGAAAUCCAUUGCAACAGUAACCCAACAACAACUCUUGAAAAUGGAGAUGAGAGAAUAAAAGGAAAGGUCAAUAAUGGCGUAAGAAGGUACCUUGGGGUGAGACAAAGACCUUCAGGGAGAUGGGUUGCUGAAAUCAAAGACUCGUCUCAGAAGCUGAGGCUUUGGUUAGGGACUUUUGAUACAGCAGAAGAAGCUGCCAUGGCUUAUGACGGUGCAGCUAGGGUUCUUAGAGGAAGGAACGCUAAGACCAACUUUGCUUACUAUGGAACCUCCGCCAUUGAUCCCAACGAAGAAAAUUGCUGCAGGUUACUUGGGAAAAAUCCAAGAUUAUAUCAGCUUCUUCGACAUGCAGUGUUGAAUAACCAUGCAAGAUCUUCAUCGGCAGCUGAUAAAGUAAGUGUGGAUCGAAAUUUUGACAAGAUGGUUGAAGAAAGAAUCGUUUGUUCGUCGGAUUUAGAUCAUGAUCAUGGUGGGAGUAACAAGCUUUGUGGGGUAUCGUUUCGUACUUCUAAAGUUUAUUCUUCUGUUUUUGUUGCUCCUUCUUUUAGUUCUUCUUCUUCUUUGUUAUGCACAGGAGAAGAGAACAGCUGCAAAGAAGCUUAG